AUGUCGAAUCCAGAUACUCCCAUCACCGGGACCGAUUCCCUUGAUGAAUUCGCCCCACGAUCAGGCUCUUCGCAGGCGUCCACGCCGAUGACAGAUGGACCCGACCAAGACCAGAAGACCACGCCGCAGGAUAAGAUGGAUUUAUCGGAGGAUAUUGAGGGGAUGGAUGUGAAGGCGAAGGCGCUGAUGCAUCUUCUUAACACCAGUGAGGUCUUCGUUGCGAUCAUGGCGGAUAAAAUGAAGAAACAGCAGGAAGAGGCGAGACUUGAAGCAGCCAAGCAGCAACAGCAAGGGAAAAAGACUGAAACCAAACCCAAGGGUGCUAGCGAGCCGGUUGGACGGCGACAGACACGCACGAGUGCAAGGCAGUCCGCUGCCACCACAACGGAAGCUGCCGCUGAAGAAGGGAAGAAGGAGGAAGAACAGGAAACCACUAAGACCAGGAGAGGCCGGGGAAGGAAGCCUGCUUCUGCGGCUGCGAAUGGCAACACCAUCUCCAGCUACUUCAAGAAGGCGGAUGUGAAGGUCGAUGAGGAUAAGCCGACGGUUCAGGAAGCUUUGGAGCAUGCUGCAGAUGAGUAUGAAGCGAAUCCAACGGCAUUGGGUGGUCAGGAACUGGUUGCUACCCAGCAACCGGAGUUGGUGACGGGAGGGAAGAUGAAGAAGUAUCAAUUGGAGGGACUGGAGUGGCUUAAGUCGCUGUGGAUGAAUGGACUAUGUGGCAUUCUGGCCGAUGAGAUGGGCCUUGGGAAGACCGUUCAGGCUAUCUCACUAAUCGCUUUCUUUAAGGAGAAGAAUGUCUCUGGCCCUUUCCUGAUUGCUGCUCCCUUGAGCACGGUGAGCAAUUGGGUGGACGAGUUUGCAAAGUGGACGCCUGGAAUUAAGACCGUCUUGUACCAUGGGACAAGGGAUGAACGUGCAACAUUAAGGAGGAAGUUCAUGAACAUGAAGGACCAGAGGAGUGCGGAUUUUCCUGUCGUCUGCACUUCCUAUGAAAUCUGCAUGAACGAUCGAAAGUUCCUCGCGCAAUAUCAGUGGCGGUAUAUCAUUGUGGAUGAAGGACAUCGCUUGAAGAACAUGAACUGCAAACUGAUCAAGGAAUUGCUCACCUACAACUCGGCCAACAGGCUCCUCAUCACGGGCACACCGUUACAGAACAACAUCACAGAACUUUGGUCACUACUGCACUUCCUCUUACCUGAGAUCUUCAAUGAUCUCAACAGCUUCCAGGGUUGGUUUGACUUCUCGUCCAUGCUGGACAACAAUGGUCAGACGGAUGUCAUGGAACGUCGAAAGCGCACGCUGGUCUCCACGAUGCACUCGAUCUUGAAGCCUUUCCUCCUCAGACGUGUGAAGACCGAUGUUGAGACGUCCCUUCCCAAGAAGCGGGAGUACAUCCUAUAUGCGCCGUUGACAGCAGAACAGAAAGACCUUUAUCGUGAGAUUCUCAACGGCACUGGUCGCCAGUACCUCGAGGAAAAAGCCACGGAACGUCUCAUGGCUAAGAGUGGAAGGCCGUCACGAUCUCAGAGCCUGAAACGCAGCGCUGAUACCAGCGAAGCUUCAUCACCGAACAAGAGUCUCAAAUCUAGCCGCUCAUCCACACCAGCCAGUGCAGCAUUGCCCACCUCCCGCAGACGCGGCAAGGUGUCGAGCUACAAGGAGCUGAGCGACCGCGAAUUCAACUCUAGACUUCGCAGACUCGAGCAAGGCUUAGAAGAAGAUCUGGACAUCGCUGAACAACCCAGCGAGACAGAACAGGAGGAGCAAGAGAGAGCCAAAACCAUCCGGCUUGCCAAGAAAGAAAUCGCUCAAAAGAAGAUGCAAAACCCCAUCAUGCAAGCCCGACUUGCCUGCAACUCCCCACAUAACUUCUACUGGCCAUGGAUGGACGAUCCAACCUCCAUCGACGAAACCCUCGUCACAGCCUCGGGCAAAAUGCUCCUCCUAGACCGACUAGUCCCCUGCCUUCUCAGGAAGGGCCACAAAAUCCUCAUCUUCUCCCAAUUCAAAACCCAGCUCGACAUCCUCCAAGACUGGGCCACGCAACUCCGCUCCUGGAACUGCUGCCGCAUCGACGGCGCCGUCAGCCAAGAAGAUCGCCGCGCGCAAAUCAAAGCCUUCAACACCGACAAAAAUUACAAGCUCUUCCUCCUCAGCACCCGCGCCGGUGGCCAAGGAAUCAACCUCAUGGCUGCCGACACCGUCAUCCUCUUCGACUCCGACUGGAAUCCGCAGCAGGAUCUGCAGGCGCAAGACCGCGCCCACCGAAUCGGGCAAACGAAACCGGUCAUUGUCUAUCGCCUCGCGACAAAGGGAACUGUGGAGCAGACGCUGCUCGAGAAAGCGGACUCGAAGCGUCGUCUCGAACGGUUGGUUAUUCAGAAAGGCAAGUUCCGGAGUCUGUUGGACUCUGGUGGACUUAGCUCCAAUGAUGUUGAUGAUUUGAAGAAGGCGCUGGGGCAGGAUGAAUAUGAGAGUUUUGAGGCUGGAGCGGACCCGGCCACUUUGCUUUCCCAGAAGGAUUUGGAUAUCUUGACGGAUCGCAGUGAGGAGGCGUAUGCUCGUGCUGAGAAGGGAUUGGAUACUACUGGACGGGCCUUCAUGGCUGUCGAGACGAAGAGGGAUGGUGAUGGUUUAAUGGCGCAGAUUAUUGGGAAGUAA